AUGGCAUCGAUUGCUAAAGCCAAAACUGCAAAAUUAGUGCGCAUACUCAUUGACUACUUUAAUGACAUUCCAAAUAGUCGUGAGGUGCAGAUUCGAGUGACGAAGGAAAACGCAGAGUGGGCGAGACAAGAAAAGCGCAUUUUUUUGAAGCAGAACCUUGAGACCAAGCUAAUUGCACAGUACUAUGAAGCAAGGGCAUAUCGCGAGGCUCUGCCGCUUAUUGCUCAGCUGCUGAAAGAACUCAAGACGCUCGAUGACAAAAUGAUCCUUACUGAGGUCCACCUGCUCGAAUCUAAGGUGAACCAUGCCAUUUCCAACUUCCCGAAAGCCAAGGCGGCGCUGACGGCUGGGCGCACCGCAGCGAACUCGAUUUACUGUCCCCCAUUAAUGCAAGCCCAGCUCGACAUGCAAAGCGGUAUCUUACAUGCCGAGGAUAAGGACUUUCAUACAGCCGCAUCGUACUUUUACGAGACACUGGAAGGAUUCGACUCAAUGGAUGACCCUCGCACAUUACCUGCGCUCAAAUACAUGCUGCUGUGUAAAAUCAUGCUGACACAACCUGAAGAAGUGCACUCGAUCCUCGAGGGCAAGGUCGCUAGCAAAUAUGCGGGACAUCGGGAGAUGGAAGUCAUGAAAGCGGUCGCAGACGCACAAAGCGAUCGUUCUCUUACAAAGUUUGAAAAAGCUCUACAACAGUACAAAGAUGGUAUGUGCUCAGUUAUCGUUGAAAUUGAAUUACUGACGCUUUCAAAACAGAACUAG